CAAAUAAACUUUCACACUUUUUCAUCUCUUCAGUAAACUCCACACUUAAAAACCUGAUACCAUACUACCAUACAUAUUAAUAUCAUUUCCAUCUUCAUAAUAUUACUGUCUUAAUAUUAUUUUAUUUCAUUUUAUAUGUGAUUCCCGGCGAUGCCGACGCCGGUAACUGCAGCUCGGCAGUUUCUAACCGACGAAGCCGCGCGUGCACUCGACGAUGCCGUAACAGUAGCCCGCCGUCGUAGCCACUCUCAAACAACGUCACUUCACGCCGUAUCCGCCUUAUUAUCCCUACCUUCUUCUUCUCUCCGGGAAGCCUGCUGCCGAGCACCCGUUCGAUUCCCGCCACAUCCGUCAUUUUCGCACCGUCUCCAGUUCCGAGCACUCGAGCUUUCCGUAUGCGUAUCUCUCGACCGGCUCCCGUCCUUGAAAGGAUCAACCACGGAGGAGCCGCCAAUUUCGAAUUCACUCAUGACCGCAAUCAAACGGUCGCAAGCCAGUCAGCGGCGUCAUCCGGAGAGUUUCCAUUUGUACAAUCAGUAUCAAAACGGAACGACGUCGUCUAUGUUGAAAGUUGAGCUUAAACACUUCGUUGUAUCGAUUCUUGAUGAUCCAAUCGUGAACCGAGUUUUUGAUGAAGCUGGAUUUCGAAGCUGUGAUGUUAAGGUCGCUUUGCUUCAUCCACCGCCUCAAGUUCAUUCAUCAUCAAUGGAAAAACUCUACUCUAAAUCCAGGAAAAUGAAAAUCAGUACCUUGCAAUUUGCUCUAAUGUAUGUGCUAUUUGCUAGACAAAGUUUGAUGGGGUCCUUUGUUCCAUUUGGUGGAUUCUUUUCUACACCUUCUGAAAGCAAAAGUCACGAAAGCUCUACAAAUGCAUCUUUUACUCGCUGCGACAAAUGCAAUGAAAAGUACGAACAAGAAGUUGCCGAUGUUUUGAAGGUAGAUCCGGCUACUCUGGCAUCUAGUUGCUCAACAAGCUUGCCUUGGUUUAAAAAGGUUGUUGAUGUGGAUACACAUGGAGGACUUGACGUGGCAAAGACUAAUGAAGAAAAUACAAGCUUGAAUGAUAAGAUAUUGGGAUUUCAAAAGAAAUGGAAUGAUAUUUGUCAACAACUUCAUCAAACAAGGUCUCAAGUUCCAUCACUUGAGGUUUUUCGGCUUGGUUCAGAUUUUAACGCAAGCAGCAGUAAAGGUCCAUUACUUAAUGGACUCCAAUGUUCUAGUCCAUUUUCCUACAUGCCUAAAAUGUUGCAUGAUACUUUUCCAUCAAAACAGUUAUCUCCGGCUCUAUUACAUACUGAUACAGUCAGUGUUGAUGUUAGAACUGAUCAUGUGCAAAGAGUCACAGAGACUCAGGAAAUUGAUUUGACGACUCCUUGGGCUGCCCCUUCACGUAUGGCCAAUAGGUGUGUGCUUGAUAACAAAUCAUCUCCGUCCCUUACUUCUGUGGCCACAGAUUUAGGAUUGGGAACGUUAUAUACAUCAACGCCAAAUGCUUGCAUGCCGGAUACCCCAAGGUUUCAAGAUAAAAUAAAGCAUUUUGAACGCGUGUCAGAUUCUGCUUCAGCUGAUUAUGUUGCUAUCCAGGGAAAUACAUCACACCAGAUUGCUAGAUCUUCCUGCUCUGUUUCAAACUUGUCAGCAAAAUUUGAUUCCAUAGAUUUCAAGUCUCUUAAUAAACUUCUCUUUGAAAAAGUUGACUGGCAGGAUCAGGCUGUAUGUGAUAUCAGCCGAACUUUGUUCCUUCGAAAAUCCGGCGAAGGAAAGAAUAGAGACUCUCAUGGUAGAGAAGACAUAUGGUUUGCUUUCCUUGGGCCAGAUAGAGUUGGAAAAAAGAAAAUCGCUUCAACUCUUGCAAAGGCUAUAUUUGGAAAUACAGAAAGUGUAAUCUCUCUGGAUCUAGGUUUCCAGGACAGGUUUUACCAGUCAAACUCAAUUUUCGAAUGCCAAAGAUCAUUUUCUUAUGAUGUGAUUAUUAGGAAGACAGUUGUGGACUAUAUUGCUGGGGAGUUGAGUAAAAAUCCUCAUUCCGUUGUCUUUCUUGAUAAUGUGGAUAAAGCUGAUUUUCUGGUGCAGAGUAAUUUGUUGCAGGCAAUAAGAAGAGGUAAAUUUCCAGACUCACGUGGAAGAGAGAUUAGUAUCAGCAAAACAAUCUUUCUUUUAACCUCGUCUGUCUGUCAAGGCAACGACUCUUUUGCUUGGAACAAUGGUAAAAUGUUUUAUGAGGAAACAAUUCUUGAAGCCAAAAGAUGCCAAAUGCAGUUAUUACUUGGAGAUACAUCCGAGGAUGCCAAAAGAAGCUGUAGUACGAAUAUCAAGAUUGUGCCGAGAAAAGGGUUUUCAAAACUAUCAUUUCUCAACAAAAGAAAGCAGAAUGAUACCAGUGACUUCAAAGAGGGAACAACAAGCAAGAUGCAAAAACAGGUUUCCAAGACACCAAUGCCCAAUCUGGAUUUAAAUAUGCCUCUAGAAGAGGACGAAGAGGGUAUGAACGACAACGACUGUGAACACAAGUCUGUAAUGGAUAGCUCAGACUCAUGGUUUAGUGAUUUAUGCAAUCAAAUGGAUGAAAAAGUGGUUUUCAAGCCAUUCAAUUUUGACGAGCUUGCCGAGAAAUUACUAAAAAACAUUAACAUACAAUUUGAAAGGACGUUUGGUUCAGAGUUUCAGUUGGAAAUUGAUUAUGAGGUAAUGACACAGAUACUUGCAGCUGCUUGGUUAGCAGACAAGAAAAACUCAGUGGAGGAUUGGGUAGAAAGUGUUCUUGGCAAAAGCUUUUUUGAAGCUCAGCAGAAAUACCAUCCUGCAGCUAAACAUGUUGUAAAACUAAUUAACUGUGAAUCUAUUUUUGAGGAAGAUCCUGAUCUUGGAGUAUGCCUUCCAGCUAGCAUUAACAUAACGUAAACUUUUGGUUUACUAUGUAGUAUGAUUGUAAUUACGUGUAAAAUGUAGCAUUUAGAUAUAACAUAUGGUAGUUGGUAGCAUUGUUUUCAGCUGAUUAAUCUCACAUUUUUGGUGUGCUGAUCUUUGUGUUGUAAGUUCUGUGGUACAAGAAUGUGUAGUUUUUCCGGUAACAUGUCCUUUCUCUCUAACUUUCUUUAAAUGUAUUGUACUCUAAAAUAUUUGUUUGCAAAUGUUAUAUUACUUGGGAUGGUUGAUAUUUGUACUUA